AUGAGGCCGGGCAUCUUCUUGCCCCCAUUUCACAAGAAAUGCGUCAGUCGAUGCACCACGAAUUGUAGACAUGGAUUCUUCGAUUCCUCCCCCUUCACCAACACGCCGACUUUAAUUGCCACACAUCAUUGCAUGCAAUUGCUCGUCUCAUAUAUUCGCUAUACAAUUUCCUUACUCACACUGUCGCCAAUUGUGCGGAUUCUCGAGAUUUUCCCCGCCGAGAAUGGUGACGGCGGUAGCCAGUGGGCGCAGCGAAAAGGAUUCAUGAACAAUUACAACCAUGACAUUACAAGGCACGAGCGCGAUCGUAUGAACUCUGUGGUCUUUGCCCGCGCGUCUGAUCAACAAAUGCAUAGUCCCGUGGGUGGUGUUUGGUUUGACGCCAACCAGGCGAAAUUGGCAGCGAGGCAGGCGACUCCUCAUGAUGUUGAGAACAUAGGGGUGUGGAACGGUAUUCCUUUAAGUUUUGGUUGUGCAGAAUGCCAUCAUACAAGGGGAUGGGGGGUAUGA